AUGUUGUCCUCCGUGGCCCUGUGGCCUGUCGCCGGCAUGCUGGCCAUGCUUCCGAAAGCCCUCGCUGGCUUCGAUCCUGCAUCUUCCAAGAAUGUCGCCGUGUAUUGGGGUCAGAAUUCGUACAAUCAAGGCAGUGGCCCGCUUGCCCAACAGCGUCUGAGCAAAUACUGCUCCAACCCCGACAUUGACAUAAUCCUCAUCGCCUUUAUGAAUGGCAUCGACCCUCCCAUCACCAACUUUGCCAACGCCGGUGAUAACUGUACCGUCUUCAAGGACACCAAUCUCCUGAGCUGCCCGCAGAUUGAGGAGGACAUCAAGUCUUGCCAGGCCGACGGCAAAACAAUUCUCCUUUCCCUCGGCGGCGCGACCUACUCCCAAGGCGGGUGGCGCAACGAGGGCGAUGCUCAAGAAGCCGCUCAGCUCGUCUGGGACAUGUUUGGCCCUCCCCCCGGCAACGCGGUCAAGAGGCCGUUCGGAACCGCCGUCGUGGACGGCUUCGACCUGGACUUUGAGGCCACGACGAAUGACCUGCCCGCGUUUGCCCAAAAGCUUCGCAGUCUAAUGGACGGCGCAGGCGACAAGAAACGCCUUCUCUCUGCCGCUCCUCAAUGCGUCUUCCCGGACGCCGCUAAUGGCGCCGCCCUCGACGCCGUGCCGUUUGACAUUCUCAUGAUCCAGUUCUACAACAACUGGUGCGGCGUGUCUAACUUCAGGGUAGACUCGACGACGCAAGACGCCUUCAACUUCGACGUCUGGGACGGCUGGGCCAAGAAGACCAGCCCCAACAAGAAUGUCAAGCUCCUCGUCGGCAUCCCGGCUGCCUCCGGCGCAGGAGGCGGCUACACGAGCGGCCCCAAGCUAGCGGCCGCCAUCAAGUUCUCUCAAAAGUUCACCAACUUCGGCGGCAUCAUGAUGUGGGACAUGUCUCAGCUCUACUCCAACAUUGGCCUUCUUGGCGAAGUCAAGUCGAUUCUAUCAGGCUCCCCCACCAACAGCACCACUUCAACGUCUUCAACGUCUUCAACGUCAACGUCUUCAACGUCAACGUCUUCAACGUCUUCAACGUCUUCAACGUCGACAUCGGCCACCCUGACGUCUACCGUGCGCCCGUGCGGCGGCAACACCGGCACCACCGGCACCACCGUCACGACCACGACAACCACAUCUUCCGCUCCUCCCCGUGAAGCAACUUCUUGUCCCCGCGGGGGGUCAGCGCGGCGCCGAGGGACACGUGGGCUGUAA